AUGGAUCGUCGCGUCACCAUCGCAUCCCAAGUCGCCGUCGCGGCUGUAGCCGGCUACUGCCUCUAUAGAAUUUACAAUGCACAACAGCAUCAACCUUCGCUGAAGGAGUCCGUCCCCCCGUCCUCUGCCGCUCCUCUCACCCCCGAGCAGAUCGCGAUCAUCAAGGCCACCGUGCCUGUCCUGAAGGACCAUGGCACGAACAUCACGACCGUCUUCUACAAGAACAUGUUGACCGAGCAUCCCGACCUCAACAAGGUGUUCAACACCGCCAACCAGGUCAAUGGCCACCAGGCCCGCGCCUUGGCGGGGGCCUUGUUCGCCUACGCCUCCCAUAUUGACGACCUAGGCGCUCUCGGUCCGGCCGUCGAACUGAUUUGCAACAAGCACGCAUCCCUUUACAUUCAACCCGAUGACUAUAAAAUCGUGGGGAAGUACCUGUUGGAGGCGAUGAAGCAAGUCCUUGGAGACGCCUGCACCGAUGAGGUGCUAGACGCAUGGGGAGCAGCUUACUGGGCGCUGGCCAACAUCAUGAUUGACCGGGAAGGCACCCUCUACAAGGAAAGCCAGGGCUGGACCGACUGGCGGAAAUUCCGCAUUGCCCAGAAGGUCCCUGAAUCUGAUCAGAUCACUUCUUUUUACCUCAAGCCAGUCGAUGGCAAGCCCUUGCCGGCCUUCAAGCCGGGCCAAUACAUCUCGGUGCGCGUCGACGUGCCGCAAUUGAAAUAUCCCCAGGCCCGUCAGUACUCGCUGAGCGAUACCCCGCGGCCGGAUUAUUACCGCAUUAGUGUGAAGAAGGAAACUGGCCUCGACCCGAGCGCUCCUGGCGCGAAACGACAACCCGGAUAUGUCUCGAACAUUCUCCAUGAUGUGCAAAAAGAGGGCGAUAUUGUCGAAGUCUCCCAUCCUUAUGGUGAUUUCUUCCUCUCCAGUGCCGAGGCUGCGCACCCCAUUGUGCUCCUGUCGGCCGGCGUCGGCGUCACUCCGUUGAUGUCCAUCCUCAACACGCUCGCUGGUUCCAGUACUGUCCAGCGCAAGAUUCACUUCAUCCAUGGAUCGCGCACCAGCCAGGCCCGUGCCUUCAAGGACCACGUCCAGGAGUUGGAGAAGAAGUUCCCCAACCUCCAAGUGACCUUCUUCACCAGCAAGCCAUCGGAGCAGGAUCAGGCGGGCAUCGACUACCAUCACCUGGGUCGCAUCGACCUGCAGAAACUCGGUGACUCGGCCGAUCUGUACCUUGACCACCCCCAGACCGAGUUCUACAUUUGUGGACCCGAGGGUUUUAUGACAGAGAUGGAGGACUGUUUGAAGGCCCGGGGUGUGGGUGAUGAUCGCAUCAAGCUGGAGCUGUUUGGCACCGGUGGGGUCCCCCACAACUGA